AUAAAACCCCGAGAGGCUGGGCGGGGAGGAGCAGGGCCAGGUGUUUGGAUCCCUGGGUCCCCGGCUACCUGGAUCUAGAACUACGGGCCCCCCAGAGCACCCUCUACACUGAGAAGGGGAUUCCAGCAUGAAGAGGCUCCUCCUCGUCACCAACCUGGUGGCUAUGCUGCUGCAGCAGGCAGGCAUAGCCUCAGCACCCCAGGUCCUCAUCAAGACCAAAGGCGGAGUGGGGGCCCGCGAACAGGACGCAGAGGAGGCCUGGGGCGCCCGAGUGGUGGAGCCUCCGGAGAAAGAGGACCGGCUCAUGGGACUCCUCCCGGCACUGAAGCUCAUGGCCACCACCCAGGAGAAGCAGCAAGGCACCAAGGACCAGGCAGGAACCAAGGACAUCUUGCGUGGCCUCCGAAGCCCCAGGAGGGGCCCUGAGCCCGACCAUGACAAUCUGUACCAUCCUCCGCCCGAGGAGGCCCAGGAGGAGGCAGGGCCCUGGUCUCGGGUGCUGCUGUCUCGCCAGGUGCUUCGGGGGCCAGAGGAGGAUCGAGACCACAUCUACCACCCUAGGGGACACUCCUGAGGGUGCCGACCCCCCAACUGGACAAAUAAACCCU